AUGGAGUUCAAGGUUGCUGCGCCCUUGAUGUGUGCUGGUAUAAGUAUCUAUGGGGGGAUUGUUCGAGCGGACGUCCCCAAGGGGGGGUCUGUUGGGAUUGUCGGGAUCGGUGGAUUGGGCCAUCUUGGGACGCAGAUUGCUAAGUGCAUGGGUUACAAGGUGGCGGCAAUCGACGUGAAGCAGUCCGCUCUAGAUGCAGUCGCAUCUUAUGAGCAUUACCCCGAUGUUUUGAUCCUGGCUACGGAUACAGUUGAGAAGUCCCUGGGAAAGAUCGACGGGGUGACUUCAUCCGAGUACUCGGGGCUGGAUGCCACCGUGCUUGCGACGGAUCAUCCAGCUGCGUUCGAGCUGGCGGCGGCUCUGACCAGGAAACAUGGGACUAUGGUGCUUUUGGGUCAGCCUGAGAAGGGAAUCACCAUGUCUUAUCAGACGGUCAUCUAUAAGGAUAUUAAGCUGGUUGGUUCAUUGGUUGCUGAUACUGCGCAGGCGCAGGAGCUGGUUGAGUUGUUCCAUCGGAAUAGGCUUCAUGUUGAGAUCACGGAGUGGAAGAUGGAGGAAGCUGAGCAGAUGAGGCAGUGGUAUUGCUCGGGAGCAUCCAGUGGGAAGAAUGUCAUAGUUAUGGACUAG